AUGGCCACCUGCAUAAAGAGCGUGCCGCGAUCGGCGCUGGCCGCCUUCUCUCCUGAGGCGCCUUACCUGGCGACCGGGACCAUGGCGGGGGCGGUGGAUCUGUCGUUCAGCUCCUCCGCCAACCUCGAGAUCUUCAAGAUGGACCUGCGGUCGGAGGGCCACGAGCUUCCCCUCGCCGGUGCCUGCCCCAGCGGGGAGCGCUUCCAUCGCCUGUCCUGGGGACGGCCUCCUACUUCGCCUUCGGAGGAUUACUCCCUGGGUCUCGUGGCCGGCGGUCUUGUGGACGGCUCCAUAAGCAUCUGGAACCCGCUCAGGCUGAUCUCUGCCAGGUACGUCCGCAAGCCUGGUGGUCUUGUAUCAAUUUUGCGACCUUCAGGCUUUUCUCACCUUCUUGCAUUCUCGGCCAUGUCGGCGGGAUGGAAAGUUUCUUUUCCCGUAAUGACUCUCGAAAGCAAUUUUCCAAUUGCAGUUCUGGUGAGGUCGAGGACGCUCUCGUGUCUCGCCUUGAAAAGCACAAAGGUCCUGUAAGUGGUUCAUCUUGGUCAAUAAUUGAAACUUUCUUCCCCUGUGUUUGUCUCUGGCAUAAGCAUCUACCCUUUACGGCAGGUCCGUGGCCUCGAAUUUUGCAAUCUUUCACCAAAUCUGCUGGCUUCUGGGGCUGAUGAAGGGGAGCUCUGCAUAUGGGAUUUGGCAAAACCCUCAGAACCUAUUCACUAUCCGGCUUUGAAGGUAUGCUAUUUUUCUUUUAGCGACGAUGAAACCAAGGAGACUGGCAAUUGCUUGAUUGUAGAAAAGUCUAGAUAUGGUCUGUUUAAAAGCUAAUUUUCCCUUCAUUUUGAAGUUUUAUAAAUGAUAUCCAGGGACGACAAAUCGUGCCUUUUUAAAAAAAAAAUCGCCUAAAACAUGAACCAAUGCCCAUCACAAUGAAAAUAAUACUAAAUAGGAUCUCUGCACCUGGUAAGACUCUUAUCUUGAUGCUCAACUAAGUGGGUCUGAGCAAGUUAACAGUGAGUUGGCUGAAUUUUGAAUAUAUUGCGUUGGCUUUCUCAAGGUAGAGAUAGAGUGUGAUAGGGAUACACUUAAAACUUAUCUUUUCAAUAAGUGGGUGAAAACAGCUUAUCAGUGAAUUGGCUGAAUUAUGAACGUAUCAUCAUCAGUUUCUAGACAGAGCAAUGGUGAUUGUGAUAGGAAGAGAGGCAUCAUAUUAUUGCGAAUUAAGUGACAGGGAGAGAGAGAGAGGCUCAUAAAUCAAUUGCCAAAUAUGUGGGCCAAACAAAUUAAUAGUGAAUUGUUGACAUUGUAAAUAGGUUAUUAGUUUUCUGAGUUAGAUGUUAUUCAUUUCGAAACCAUCUGUCAUCCACUGGUUUCUGUAAGAUUCAUGUUGCUGGGGAGAUUCUGCACGAGUUCAUUGAUUUUCAGUGAAAUGUUUCCUGUAAUAAAGCUAGUGAAGAAAUGCAUAAUAAAUGGAAAUUCCUGUCUACGAACACUUUUGUGGUAAUAAUUACCUGCAUGGGGAAAGAAAUAAGAGAUGUUUUCAGUUAAGCUUCACAAUUGUCUUCGCCUGAUUAUUUCAAUUAACAUUUCUUGGGAGACUAGCUUUGGAUAUUUUUUCUGUACACAAUGCAAAAAGUGAUUGAUUACUACAUUUUUUCUGUUCAUUAAUGUAUCACAUCUGAUCCAUCUUAAAGUGUGGCUAAAACAUUGAAAUAAAACUAUCACAAGUAACAAAAGCAAAAAGAAUAAAUUUAAUAUCAGGUAGGAGAAGGUGGUACCAUUAAUAAUGCAAAAAUAUGUAUACUGAAAGGCCUAUCAACGAAGUUAUUCCGUUGCCCACCUUCAUAGAAAGUGCCUAGAACCGUUAGAAUGUGAAAUUGUUAUAAUUGUGGCCUGAGACCAUUAAGAAUCUCUUCACGAAUACUACAAACUUGUCUUUUUCAGGAAAUGCUCAUCGAUUAAUCCAUACAUAAUUCAUAAUAUGUUGAAAAUUCUCGUUUCGAACUCUUCGACAAAGCUAAUCAUAGGUUCUUUCCUCCAUUGAAACAGUUGGACUGUUAUGUUCAUUACAAAAUUUUCUGAAGAGAUGAAAUAGGACCAAAGUCUAUCUUUUUCAUCAGAGGCUGAAUUGAUCAUCAGAAGAAGGAUUAUGCCAAAAAUGAGAAAGUAUCAUCUGCUUUAUACAAUUAUCAGUUAAAUAAAAGAUUAAUCUGUGCAUAUUCUCACAUUUCCGACAUCUGGUGGGAUUAGUGGCAAUUUUGGCCGAAAUUAGUGGAUUCAUGAUAAGCUAAGCUCCUGGCAAAAAAAAAGGAAGAAAUAUGUGUGUAUGAACGCAGCUUGAAUAUUAAUAUUGGCUUAUAAUGGAUGUUUUUCAGUUUUUAGUUCAGCACGUAAUUAAUCGAUUUUGUGUACGAAAAAUUACUUUGGUAUGUCAAGCUAAUUAUUUGCGCUGUGCGUGCAUCUUCGUUGCUACUGUUCCAUAUCAUAUUUAUUCGUUUGAUUAUAGCCUUGUUUUUUUGUUGACCGCAUAUCUAGUUGUUAAUUGCAACCACUCUCAGCUAUUGUUUUUUAUUUUUAUUUUCAUAUACCGUAAUAACCAACAUAAGACGCUAAAUGCUAUAUUGUAGGAAUUUUAUGAUUCCUCCUAACGAAAUAGCUGGCCUUUUUGUUUGCCAAGCUCCAUUUUUCAUAUUUUCUGUCAGACUUUUCACUGUAUAUGAAACCCGUAUGCAGAGCGGUGCCCAAAGUGAAGUCUCUUUUGUAUCUUGGAAUCCCAAAUUUCAGCCAAUUUUGGCAUCUACUUCUCAUAAUGGCGUAACUGGUAGGAAAUGUUUUAUCUUUAUAUUGCAUGUCUCAUAAUUAACUCAUAACUCUUCUGGUGUACUAUGGAGCUGAAUGUCCCGUCUUUUGAUUCGUUUCAGUUGUUUGGGAUUUAAGACAGCAGAAACCCGUGACCAGGCAAGCUACUUUAUUUUAAUUUUGAAUUUCCACCAGCCAUUGGAACCUUUCCACCUCGAUUCUAGAUUUUAGAGUCAACCGAUUAUGAUAAUGGCAUGCUUUAUUCUCUAACAGCUUUUCGGACUCGAGGAAAUGCACUGUUUUGCAAUGGAAUCCAGACAUGUCAACUCAACUCAUCAUUGCAUUGGAUGCUGGCCAUUCGUCUUCUCUCAAAGUUUGAUGCUUUUAAAUCAGUCCACUUUCAGGCAACAUUGUUUGUUUCCAUUUCACUAAGUUUUGUUUGUGUGCUUCUAAUUUUUCAGCUUUGGGAUGUCAGGAGAGCAAUAGCACCACUGAAGGAGUUUGUGGGGCACACUGAUGGUCUGGUUCAUACAAGCACUAGCAAGAUUAAAUUUCCCGUUUCUAGUUUUUUUUUCUUCUAAUGCUUUCAUUGAUUCGGCGUCCUACUUUCAUUGUCAUCGAUGCAGUGUAGUUCUCUUGUUUGCCUGCAUUCUUCACUUCCAUUGCUCGUGAUGGAACAUUUUUUGUUGUUUUACUCUCUGUAGGUGGAGAACUAGUUUCAUUCAAUGUUCCCUAGUGUUUAUUUUUCGAACUGUUCUCAAUUAUAUUCCUGCAACUCUUGGUGAAUUAUUCUAAGACAGUGAUGAAAAUCUCGUUAUAUCCUAAUUUUAACAUGUUACCUUUUAGACGGCCAGAACUUUACUGAAUGACCUUUUUUUGUUAUUUAGAAUUCUUCGUGAUUGAAAUCUUCUAUGAACCGUUAUGUUUGGAUAUCUUAUACAUGAUGUUUUGACUGUACAUAUCAUCUUAUUUGCUUGACAUCAAAAUUUUUCAUUAGUGUUCCCGGUUGGUGUUUAUCUGUUGUAUUCUGGUUCCUUUGGUAUUUGCAGGUGUGAUUGCUAUGUCCUGGUGUCCAAAUGAUAGCUUAUAUUUACUGACAUGCUCUAAAGAUAAUCGUACUAUUUGCUGGGAUACUAAUAGUGGAGAGGUGAAUACCUUUUGGUGCCCAUGAUACUCUCUCUAUAAAGUUCCCAUGUUUUUUUGAUCGUUUAGCAGACCGUUUUAAGUCAAUAGUCUAACACUUGGGCUUUUCUGUGGUAUUGACUCAGAUUCUCAGUGAGUUGCCAGCCAGUACCAGCUGUAAUUUUGAUGUUCAGUGGUGCCCCAAAAUACCAGGAGUCAUAUCGGCUUCAUCAUUUGAUGUCAAGAUUGGCCUAUACAACAUUGAGGUCAAUCUGAGAUGUAUUUAACUUAUUUUAAUGUUUAGCAGAUAUUGGAUUCGACAUUACUGGUGCUUCAAAACCAGAAUAAACUUAUUUCUUAGAAUCUUCGGUUUAUCAUUUGAAAUUGGUGCUAUAUAAAAAACCGACCUGCCUACCGUUUGAGAUUCCUUCAGCUUAGCGUUUGAAAUACCGACCUACGAAUUACAUUUCUCCCUGUUUUUCGUUUUUUCGCUAUUUAUAUAGUUUUAAUAAAGUGCAAAUGGAUAUAUGUUUCAUUUAGAAGUUUUAAUGACUUUUGCUGUGAUUUUUUUUUCACGAAAGCAUUUUCUUUUGCAAGUGCAGCUAUGCAGUAACAAUCAUAACUGACUCUUUCUCAUUAGGUUUAUGAGCUAUUUAGUUGCUUGUAGACUUAAAUGAAGUGGAAGCAAUUCUGUGCUUCGGUUAAGAAUUUUAACAAUUUUCAUGUUGAAAUACUUUGACGUUACUUUUUGGUUAUUUUCCCAUUGGUAACGACCAUUGUAGGAUCAAUUAGCUCCAAGUUUUGGACAUUUAGCGGUAAAUCCUUAAACUAUACUCUUAAAACCGCAAGUUAGUACAGGAUAAUUAAAUGAUCUCUAUUCACGGCUUUGGGAACGUACAUAACCAUUUUGUACUUUUCCACUUGUUGAAAUGGCAUCAUACACAAGGAUUGUAGAAUCAGAUCGUGCUUUUUGAUAUGUCUGCCUUAUUGGAGACUAGGAGAACGUUGAACAAAUACAGAAUUUUGUUAAUAGUUGGCAACGGGAAAAAUGCUUUAUGAAACAUAAUCUCUUAAUUGUUGCUUUAAUAUGAGUAGGGUGUCCAUUAGAAGAGAGUUCAUCUCAAUUUCAUGCAACAGUUGCUGAUGUGACUUCCAUCAAUUAAAGUAAUAAAACGUGAUCUCAGCUUACACACUAUUGAGCAAGAGAAGAAUUGGGGAAAAGGGACUGGCAUGGUUGCAUGGAGUUUCUUCAGCUGCAACAGGCCCCAAGUAACCUCUUGAUGCACUAUCUUGAUAGAGUUUCAAGAGAAAUUAGUAUGGAAAGGGCCAUUUACUCAACUGACAGUGAGCCUAAUACAAAAAUACGUCAGGAUUGGUCUAUCAUUGUAAAGAUAUGGGAUGUGCUCCCAUCUAUGAGUCAUAUUCUUCAAGUUGAAUGAAAAUGAACCUUUAGUUUCUGUUUGCCUGACAUUUGAUUUAAUGAUUCAGUUUUUUCAGAAACAUCAUGUACUGGUUCUGUUCUUCCUUCACUUCUACUCUCUUCUUCCGCUCUUCUACAUUCGUCUCUUUCCUCGUUCUUCUCACUCAUUCUUCCUUUCAUUAAAAUCAGAUGUACACUUUGAUCCGUUUAGUUCUUGGGUUGAUAUCGACCUUGAGACAAAGUCAAAAUAUUAAUAUAUUAUUGUUAAGCUACAGAUUACUGCAUAGUUAUUCUAGUCUUAUGCUCAUGAAGAAAACCUGUAGGAAGGGAGCCAUCAUGGGCGGAGUUUUGAAAACUGCUUCAAUAAGACGUCAGUAUCAGACAAUUUUCGCCUUUAGUUAUGAACUUAUGGGAAUGCACAAGAGAUUGGUUAGGAUUAGUUCUUUUCUUGUUGUUUAAUGACACCUUUUGCAGCUCUCCUCAUCUUUUCUGUUCGUUUCCAGUCAAAAUUUUUAUUUUUAUUUUUGACACUACUUCUAUCCAAAGAAGUAGUGACACUACUUCUAUCUAUUAGGCGUAAAUUGGACAUAUCCAAAGAAGACUGAUGGAUGGAAUAAUUCAAAGAGUUGAAAAUUGUUUUUGUAAGGGUUCAACGAGUGGAAGAGGAGUCCUUAAGGGGACUUAAAAUCGAGACAGCUAGGAAAUGUAUGCAUUUUUUCAUACUCAACAUUAAAAUGGUAAAUUUUAGAAUGAAUUGAUGUAGCAGAGUGCGUCCCUUUUCUUUGCCCAUCCAAUUUAUUUGCUUUAUGUAUCUUGGAAACUAGGGUUAUUCCAGUAGAGGGAUUACUCUCAUAUGAUUUGUCCUUGAAGAUCUUUUUUUAAUGUCAUCUAUUUUAGUAUAAAAAAAUCACUCCAUUUAUUAUAUCAUUUUGUGGUGAUUCUCAUGAAAAUCAUUUUUUUGGUUCAGGCUAGUGCGAAAUUGAGCGCUACGGGGGCGAAUUUUCAAGCUCCAGGUAUUCAAGCUGUUGCUACUAUUUGUUCCAUAACAGUUUAUAGAAAUGAAAAUGGCAUUGUUGUGCCAAUGAGCUUCAUCAGUUUAUAUAUAAGCUUUUUGGUUCUAUUGAAUUGAUGCUGUGGUUUUCACGUUUUGAGUAAAAGAAUCCAUGCUUGUGACUUCUUGGUUACAUUGUAAUUUUUUUGUUUAUGAAUAUUCGGUGAAUUUAUUCCUGAUUUGAUGUCUUUUAGAUAGUUCAGAAAUGUCUAUAAGACACGAGGUUGUUGGUUCAGAAAGAUUAUUCCUACUGUGUUAUGAUUGCACUUAUUUGUGCUUGAAUUUUUUGUACAUGACUGACUCUACAUUUUUCGUAGUUUUGUGCAUGAUUGGAUCAGUGAACAAUCAUUUCCCUCAUGUGAUGAAAUUUGUUGAUCGAUGCAAAUGCAAAUAUAUAAAUUGGUCAACACUGGCUUUCUAGUUAUCUGGUUUUUGUAAGUUGAACGGUCCUCACAAGGAUGUCUUUCUCACGACCUUACUGAUUCCCUGAUGUUUCUCUAGUUGUCUUGACACCGUGCCACAGUAGACACAACCCGUCGUUCUCAUCAUUUUACCAGUUUUAUUUCUAUGCAUAAUGUAAUGGACGAAUGCUUUAGACCUCUCGAGUUCCAGGUCAAAUGAAAGAUCAAAAUAUUAGGAAAUCAUACUAAUAAUUCUGACCGACAAGAAAUGGGCAUGAAUUUUCUGGAUUCUGAUUUAACGCAGUCUUAAGCAUAUUCUUGCUCUUAGAUUUCUUUGCUUUUUAGCAGAAUCUUCUCCAUUAUGUGCUAAGUAGCUCAGAUCUGAACUACUUGGCAAAUAGCAAGUCUGGAAUAACCUAAGACAUUCUUGUUUCGUGGGAUGAGUAUUACGAUUUUCAUAUUAAUAUUAUAAAACUGACGAAUUCUUUCGUUACUGAUCGAAAUAUCUGAUGUGAUUGUCUCAAUCAUGGAAGAACAGCAGAGUGGCAAUGUCCCAUGCUUUUUACACAAUUUUGUGGCAAUGCUCAUGCUUUGUGCAUCAUUUUGAAUCUCCACCCGGUGUGAAUAAUUUCUUUCCCAGCUUUAAAAUCAGUGGUUUCCCUGGUGAGUAAACUUUUGUUUUCAUCUGCAUGUGUAAAAAUUCUUGAUUUUCUAACGUUAAUGUAAAGACUCCUGUACAGAUCUAUCUUUUCUAUACUAAUACUUCUGUUUCCUCUAUACCUCUUUCUUCUGCCUCGCUCUCUUUUUAUAUCUAUGUCUAUCUUUCAUUUAUCCUAUUAUCUCUACAUCCGUAUAUCAUAUAUUAGGUUAAUUAGAUUAAAGCAGUGAUUGAUCUUGAGCUCUUGGGCCUUUGGGGCCGCCGGAGCUGCUUCCUUCAGUAAUGAGAGGAACCUAUUUUGGAGAUGAUUGAAGCUAUUUUUAUUUAAAUUUUUGGAACAGCGACUCUUUGUUUCCCUGUCCAUUUUUUUUAUUACAAAUAGUUAACAGAUUGGGCCCUGCCAUGAUGGUCAUUUCGUUGUCUUAUUUUCUCUUAAGAAUUAUAAUUUGGAUCCUCUUGAAAGUUAGUCAAUGCUAAGUGAAAGUUUGGAACUGUAGUAAUCUAGCUCAGAAUACUUGUUUUGCAUCUUUGCAGUUAAAUUGAGAGCUCCAAAGUGGUUAAAAUGUCCUGUGGGUCUUUCAUUUGGUUUUGGGGGGAAACUUGUUUCUUUUCAACCAAGUGUAUCAGCUCCUGGUACUCCUGUGGGUAGCUCCGAGGUAUGAGACUUACUUCUUUACUCCGUCUUGCCUCAACCAUCAUGUAUGUCUAAUGCAUAUUUUCCAGGUGUACAUGCACAGCUUGGUUACGGAAUCCAGUCUGGUUAGCCGCUCUACUGAUUUCGUAGCUGCAAUUGAGAACGGGGAAAAAGGGUCACUGAGGGUCUUAUGUGAACAGAAAUCCCUCAAGUCUCAGUACGUUAUCUCCCUAAGGAAUAUGUUUCACCAUGUGGAAUACGUCUUUAUGAUGAAAUUAUUUAUCCAUUAUUACUUCAAUAUUAUUCAAGUAUUUUGCCUUGAAUGACAGGUUUGAGGAUGAAAAGGAAACAUGGAGUUUCUUGAAGGUUAUGUUUGAGGAUGAUGGAACAGCCAGGACAAAACUGCUUGCUCACUUAGGUUUCUCGGUGGCCAGUGAAAGUCAAGAUGGUGACACACUUGGCAUGGAAGUAUCACAGAAACUCUCUGUGGAUGAAAAGACGCCAGUUGAAGCUCCUCACAUAGGAACUGGAGAUGGUGGUCCAUUUGAUUUUGAUAAUGGAGAAAACUUUUUUAACAAUCCCCUUCCUGAAUUCAAUAGCUUUACUGCUGAAGCAAGUAAUGUUCCUGUUGCUGAGAAAGUACAACUAGAACCAGAAGAGUCCGCUGAGAGUACAGAUUCUGUAUUUGAUGAUGGUAUUAGGCAUGCUUUGAUUGUUGGAGACUACAAAGGAGCAGUUUCCCAGUGCAUAUCUGCAAAUAGAAUGGCAGAUGCUUUAGUUAUUGCUCAAAUGGGUGGUGCUUCCCUAUGGGAAAGCACUCGUGAUCAGUACCUCCGGAAAAGCAGUGUGUCCUAUUUGAAGGUUGUCAUUUUGAUAUUUAUUGGUGAGUAGUAAUUGAUUGAAAUGCUUUGCACCUUUAAUAAUUUUAUGAAUUUUCAGGUUGUUUCUGCAAUGGUCAAAAAUGAUCUUUUGGGUUUUGUUAAUGAACGACCACUAGAGUUGUGGAAGGAGACCCUUGCCAUCCUCUGCACGGUAUUUCUUCCAACUAAGAUUAAAUCUUUGGGCUUUGUUUUACCGGAACACUGAGAAUCUAUGCUGUGUUUUUUAAAAUAUUGUUUAUCUUUGACAUGUUUUUUCUAAACAAGGAAAGAUAUUCCAUCUUGAAUAAAUGAGUAAAGAAAUUCACUUAUUUACUCUUACUGUUGAUCAAUUACGAACAAAAUUGAGUAAAAAGAAAAUAAGUAUAUGAAUGCAAGAUAGUAUUUGUUGUCCCUAAGUAUGCCUUCAAAAUAAUAAGAUUGUUGAUUUUAAGCAUGUGUAUUUGCAUUUAGCCAAGUCUUAGAUAAACCUCUUAAAGGUCGUUAAUUAUGGAAUAUCCUAUAUAUGAAUAUCUUAAAGCUCGUGAAAAUCAUUAACUUUAGCUCUGGAUAAACAGAUGAGAAAGCAUCUUGCAAUGCCUAACACCCAUUCAACCUUGGGCUAGCAAGUCCACAUGAAAGUUUCUUUGUUAUGUAAAGAGAAGUUGCCAUAGAGUAUUUACUCAUAUAUCUCAUUUGAUCUUUCUUUCAGACUCUUAAAAACGUACACUUUCACUAAGGUAUAUUUUUUAAUAGAGAUCAAAAUAAUGAAACUAAUUUCGAUAGUGAAUGAAUUUUAUUGCUACAUCAAAUAGUUGGGAUUUUUUGUUUCAAGAUAUAGGUGUUUUCUUGAAUGAUGAAGGUUUUGAAAACUUUUAGUUUUUUUGGAAUUGGACAUGGAAAUGGAUUUUGCGUAGAAAGGCUUUAAGGCUUACAACUUGCCUCCUGGCAAUAAGUUUUGAGCAUAGUUUUUUUUUCCCUUCAAAAGCAUUUCAACAUCAAAUCGUUUGGUACAUGGAAGAGGUGAUGGUUCUUUUGUUGGAGUUUUAUCCUUGGUUUUUGAGCGAAUACUGUGCUAGGUUAUUAUGUCCACCAUUGGUGAAGUAUCAUGUUUCUGAUUUGGAUCCAAAUGCAAUUGUCUAUCUUACAGUUUGCACAGAAAGAAGAGUGGACUGUCCUAUGUGAUGCUCUUGCGUCAAGAUUACUGGCCUCUGGCAACACAUUUGCUGCAACUCUGUGCUAUAUUUGCUCUGGAAAUCUCAAGAAAACUGUUGAAAUUUGGUCAUUCAGUCUGAAGUCCGAGCUUGGAGGCAAAACCUAUGUAGACCUUCUCCAGGUAUUUUUUUCUGCCACGCACUGUUUUAGGUUUUUAAUUGUUUAGCUUGUAGACUUAACUAGCACUUGCGUCAUUGUAGGAUUUGAUGGAAAAGACAGUUGUGCUUUUCUUGGCGACUGGUGGAAAGCAAUUUAAUUCCUCUUUGGCGAAGCUUGUGGAAAAUUAUGUUGAACUUCUAGCUAGUCAAGGGCUUCUAAAUAUAGCCAUGGAGUAUUUAAGACUCUUGGGGUCAAAAGGGUUUUCUCAGGAGCUUGACAUCUUGCAGGAUCGAAUAGCCGCCACAGUGGGAGCUGGUAUGUUUAUAAACACCAUAUUUUCGCUUUGUCUGUGACAAGUUGUGCCUUUAGGGCUAUUGUUGGAUAACACCAUGCUGUUGUUAUGUGAACCCGCAGUUGUCUGUUAUUAUAUUUGGAUUCAGACUCCGUGCCCAAAAAGUUGAUUGUCGUAGGUUCCACCUUUAAAUGUCUUGGCUUUUUUUCUGGAGGUAACUGAACUGUCUCUUUGAUGUUUAGAACAUAGAACACGAAAUACCUCAUUCCGAGUGCCCCCUUUUUUUCCUUGUAGUGAAGGAAAAUGCUAGAUAAUUGGGGACUCUCUCUAAUUAUUGACCGCGCGCUUUUAAUCCGCGCUUUUUAAUUUUCACAUUGUUUUCUACGUCGUGGUCCUCAACUAACAUUGUGAGUGAAACGAUGUAAUGCAAUUAGGUCAUCUGUGACCUUGUUCGUGAAGGAAACAAAUGUUUUGGAGUAUGAGUCCAAUAAUCUCAGCUAGAGUCUAAUAAUGCAUGCAAAUCAUGGAUGUGCUGUGGGUGCAGGAAUGUUCUAAUUUAGCGUUCUGCAAAUAUACUUAAACAUUGGUUUUUCUACUUACGUGAAUUUUUCCCUGAUAAUCCAUUUUUUAUAAGAGCCAAACUUAAUGAUGUAUGAAUUUUUCUGUAGUGAGCUUAUUUUAUGUUAGUUUCUUGAAACUGUUGUAAUAUCUGUUGGACACUAUUCUAAGAAAAAAUAUCUGUCAUCCCCACGGCUGCCAUGCAUUCAACAUCUUUCUGAUACUCAUGCUCCUUUCAGAAAAACCAGCACCAAAGGCCUCAUCUUCUGAGGCGGCUGUGGCAGAGCAACCUGUUUAUGGUGUUGAGCAAGCAACUUUGGGUGCUGUUAAUGGUUCUCUAAAUUACUAUCAGGUACUAUCCCAUGCGUAUUUUGUUCUUUCUUCGGAAGAUUUGGAAUCAUCCUACUUUUUUCUAUGUCCCUCAUUCAGAAUAACUCCCAAUCUUCGCAGCAACCUGGGAUUUCUGGAAGUCCGUAUGUUGAAAAUUACCAUCAACCCCUUGUAUCUCCGUCUGGAGGAUACCAACCUCCCCAGCAGAAGCAGCAGCCUGCUCAGUUUACUCCUGGGCCUCCCGCUCAGAUGUUUGUUCCAUCACAGUCUCAAAUGAUUCCUCAGGUGACGUUGCCUUUGUCUACUUAACGAAUGCAUUGUACUGAGGGCUCUCUUUAUUUCGUUAUAUUGUGACUAAUGUUUGGUCCUCCACACAUCACGUGAUCUUUUGCUCAUCUGCAGGUCCUGUGACACAGUUUUUGUUGCACUUAAGUUGAUGAUUAAGUAAAAACUAAACAAUUUCUCGAAAUCAAAGACCGUUUGAUCUAGAAUAUCAGUCUUAUGGUUGGGGUCAUUUUUUUUCUAUAUUCACCUAAAUUGAGGGAUAUGACUAGGUUAAUAAUGGCUUAAAAUCCUACUUUUGAUUCAGGGAAGUUUUCCACCUACUGGAGUAGCACAGCCUCCAGUGAAAUUUUUUGUUCCUGCGGCGGCGCCUACUCUGAAGAACGUACACCAGUAUCAGGCAAACACAUUGGGUUCUCAGCUGUAUCCGGUGCUUGUCAUGACUUUCUUUUUUUAUUCAUUUAAAUGCUAUUUUCAAUUCUUAGAUAUAUUAAUUAGGUUUUCCUAAUCUCAUUAAAAGUUUCUUCUUUUAUCAUUUUUAUUUCAGGGAGCUGGUGACGUCACAUAUCAACCAGGAGGGGGCCUAGGACACACUUCCCUUGGUACUGGUCUACCCCAUGAAGUCCCUAGCCAGAAGCCUCCCCAGUCCGUGGCAGCAAACCCACCACCCAGAAGCUUUACACCAGUAACCAAUCCUGCCUUUAUCCCACGACCCACUGGUGGUCUUCCUGUGCAACCAUCGAGUCCUCGCACUCAGUCAGCACAACCUGCCGCCGCACCGCCAGCUUCACAGCCUACUGUUCAAACGGUCGAUACAUCCAACGUACCAGGUAAUUCCCAGUUAUUUCUCUUCUUUCCGGUGGUUGUGGUUAUAUAUUCAUGCAAGAAUUUCCAUUGACUAUGCAAGGAAAAAUAAAUGAAUUAAAGUAAUUUUUUAAAACAAAUUGAAGAUUAGUGUCGGGCGUGCUGACUUUCGAGAGAGUUGAUGGGAUUGAUGGUGGCGCCAAGUACUCAUAUUCUGAAACCAGCAAUAUAUAGCUGUCUGUGCAUUACUUGUUAAGAAGAUGUGAAUCUUCCUGCGAUCAGUACCCUUACCUUCUCCGGACAUAUGAUUUCUCAUCGUUCAUUGAGUUUCAGGUGAGUUGAGGCCUGUGAUCGCGACACUGACGAGGUUAUAUAAUGAGACGUCGGAGGCUAUCGGCGGGCCGCACGCAAAUGCUUCCAAGAAGCGAGAGAUAGAAGACAAUUCGAGGAAGAUUGGGUCCCUGUUUGCUAAGCUGAACAGCGGAGACAUCUCUCCCAACGCUGCGUCCAAGCUUGUUCAGCUUUGCCAGGCUUUGGACUCCGGGGACUAUGCGAGCGCCCUGCAUAUCCAGGUAUGAUUGUUCUCUCCCCCAUUGGAGCCAUAGGGAACUUGUGGUAUUGUGUACUGAAUUCUUGGUGGUCAGGUGUUACUGACCACGAGUGACUGGGACGAGUGCAACUUCUGGCUCGCCGCCCUCAAGCGAAUGAUCAAGACGAGGCAGAGUGUGAGAUUAAAUUAGACUGGCGGCACACCCGAACUCUCACGCGCGGCAGCACCCUCUGAGGUGAGGAAAUGGUGAAGAAAAAACGAACAGGGCGCGCCAGACCCAAAUAGGUAUUCUUUCUUUCUAUAGAUGGUUCUCUUCUCUCGUCUGUCCUCCGCGCCCCAGAGGGAGCGGGCCGGCCGCCUUCAUAA